AUCAAUUUCAUUACAUUUUCAGCAAAAUUUUUCCAUCAGGGAUUCUAUUACCUUCGGGUGAUAAUUACCAUCGGAGGGUUAACGCGAUCCCUCACUUACCGACCCAUGGCAAGCGCGAGAAGGUCAUUUUAGUCGCGACGCAACGCCGCUGGCGCCGUCCGCAAACCGCAGCCGAGCGGGCCGAGUAUCGACGCGCGUCCGGCGGACGGACCUGUGUAAAUCGCAGUACCUUGAUCACUGGUACCGCUUCGAGGUGGGCGCGCAUCGAGCGUCUCGGCGAGUACGGCAAGUGCAUCGCGUAAUUUUGAGCGGGAGGAACGUCCCCGGCGUUCCCGUCGCUGCUCGUCGGCCUCCGAUCGGGUGUCACGCGCUCGCGAUCGUCCGGGCGCAUUUUCGUCGACCUCGCGUCGCGAGACGUCACGACGGCGCGACGUGCGUACGGUGUGCCUGACUGCCUGCCGCGAUGCAAUAGCUGUGAUACGCCGAUCUACCGUUCGCCGCGCCGCGCCGCGCCGGCCAUGGACGCCGGCGAUUCCGUCGAGCCUCGAGCCUAAGAGAAAGAUCGGUCUCACGUCUCAUCGCCUCGCCUCGCCUCGCCUAAACGAUCAUUAUGCCCGCGCGGACCCGCGUGCGCCUGUUGCUGUCCCGCUACACUACCAACGAUCCCGAGACGGGAGGAUGCAACGAAGUCAGCUGAGAGACAUCUCAUCCUGGAUGACGCGUCUGUUCCCGGAGCCAGGAGACGGUAGCAGUCGGAUGGCCGAGGGAUUCAAGAUGUUCGGCUCGAAAAACAGCUCGCCUACCAGUACGUUUUACACGGAUCUGGAGAUCACGGAGGACAAGCCCGAGUUUCGGCAGGAGGAGGACGAACAUUCCAAAGCGCCACGUUUGCCGGAGCAGCAGAGCACGACCAGCGAAAAUGGCAACUCGCAAGAUUCGGACGCGGCAACAGGUGUCGAGGAGCAACGAUACGUCAGACAUUCCUUCCACAGGAUCGCCAGUUUCGGUGGCUUCCCGCGAUUUCAGCCGUUCGUCAUGUCCGCUUCCACGCCCGCUGAAUGCAUCGAUAUCACGAGGCACGAGGAGACUUCAACGGAAACGUCCUAUAUUAAAAUGUCGCAUAGUGUCCUAGAGUAUAGAAGUAGCAGGUACGUAGCUUCGGAGAGGAGGUCCCAUCAGUAUACAUUAGAUACCUACGCGGUGAGCGAAUCCGAGAGCGAGGAGGAGUCGGAGGAAACUAGAUCUUCGGAGACAGACUCCGCCAUAGUGGCUGAUCAUACGGAAGAGUCGUUAUCGGAGCCGAAACUGCUCGCGAAGAAGGGUUCCCCCGAUUCGAAGCGAAAGAAGGCGUUGCGCGUAGCCCAAGAGCUACUAGCGACUGAGAAAAAUUAUGUCAACAUUCUGCAUCUGAUCGACCAGGUGUUCCAAUUCAGGGUCGAUCAGGAAAACAGAGCGCAUCCGAUGUUCCCUCCAGAAACUGUCCAGCAUAUGUUUUCAAAUAUCAAAUCUAUUUAUAAAUUCCACAACGACUUUCUACUACCGCAAUUCGAGGAGAGAAUGCAAUGUUGGGAUUCGAAUCCGCGAAUCGGCGACAUAAUGAAGAACUUUGCACCGUUCCUCAAAAUGUAUACAGAGUAUGUAAAGAAUUUUGAUUACGCCAUGAAUCUGAUAAGCACCUUGCAAAGCAAGGUGCCCAGAUUUGCAGCGAUUGUCAACGAAAUUCAGAAGCUCGACGAAUGUGCUAAAUUGUCAUUAGCACAUCACAUGUUGAGUCCCAUACAGAGGUUGCCGCGAUACGAGUUACUUCUCAAGGAUUAUCUGCGAAAUCUCACCGAGGACAAUCCAGACUACGAAGACACGAAAAAGGCUCUGGAGUUGGUGUCAACCGCCGCAAAUCAUACAAACGAGGCAAUGAAAAAGAUCGAUAAGUUUAAGAAACUUUUAGAAAUCCAAGAGAGUAUAUAUGAUGCGACUGAUCUAGUCAGUGCGACCCGCGAACUAAUAAAGGAAGGGCGUAUAGUGAAAAUCUCAGCGCGUAGUGGCGAUCACCAGGAGAGGCAUUUGUUUCUGUUUAGCGAUUUAUUAUUACUCUGCUCAAUAAGACUGAUACCCGGUCCUAUGUACCGACUAAGGGCUAAAUUUAUGGUGGAAAAUUUACAAGUAGUUGAAGGAGACAAUCUAGAAACCGCAAAUACUUUUUACAUAAGGGACGAAAAUAAAAGCGUCGAGUUGUAUACACACGCUGCUGCGGAGAAGGCUGUAUGGCUGGACGCGUUGUUUCAAACGAUGCAAGAAAUCAUGAGACGCAAGGCCAGUCUGAAAACUGGAAGUGUUAAAUCUUCUUUGGUUAAGGCUGAUGAUGUAACUAGGUGCAUGGUUUGCGAAGUUAUUUUUUCUGUGAUGAAACGAAAGCACAAUUGCCGGGCUUGUGGAAUAGUGGUUUGUAGUAAAUGCUCAAAUCAGAAAUUAUUAUUUGAAGACAAUAAGAAUAUGAGAGUGUGCAGAUUAUGCCAUGCCGCGCUCACUCAACCGCUCACUAAAUCACCGUCGUCACCGUCUGGACCAGUGCCAAGUUUGUUACAGGUAUCGGCAAGCGCGCCAUCAGUAUUAACCGGAUACCUGUUACUAAAGACGCAGGCCAGUAAGCCUUGGACAAAACGAUGGUUUGCGUUGCACGUUGACUUCGUUCUAUACUCAUUCAAAUCGGAGUCGGAAAGCAUGGCCAUGACAGCGACGCCCAUGCCAGGCUUUAUGGUUACGGAAGGUACAAAAUUACCCGACGAAGACCCCUUGAACACGAAGGAUCGGAUAAGGGCAUUUAAAAUGCAUCAUUCGAGAAAAUAUUACUAUCUCCAAGCGUCUUCUCAAGAGGACAAAGAGAAGUGGAUGCACACAUUGGAGUUGGCUACAAAGGCUGAACUACCUCAUUUUACGCAGGUGGAAAACGAAAGCGCACAAGAAAGUCAAUCGAUGAACGAUGUACAAUGAAUAUUCGUACCUUUCUAUCUACCAAACUAGCCAAUUUUUUAUUAUCAUAUUCACGAAUGAGAAGACGGAUAUGGCAAUGUAAGAUAAUCGUUAGUAGUUAAUUAGCUAUAUUUAAAAUGACGUUAACUUAUGUUAUAUAUAUAUAUUGUUAUUAGUAUAUACACAUUACAAGAGAGAAAUCGAGUCAAUAGCGGCCGCUGCCGAGAAACGCUUGUUGUUUUGUAUAAUGUUCUGUUAUAGUAUAUUUAUAAAUAUAUAUGUCGUUCUAUCACGAUACGCUGUGCUGACCGUAAUAUGUAAUGGAAGUUGCAAUGCUUGGAAAAAUUAAUUACGCGCUUCAGUGAUAGUAUGUUAUUUAAGCUACGAGAUCGUUUUUAUUAAAAUCGAUAUUCUAGAAUCGAUUUUAUUAUAUAACGCACUGGAUUCGAUAGUUUAACAAUAAAUUUAUUCCGUCAAUUAAAAAUUUCAUCUAGUUCUAAAUGCAUCUUAGUAGUUCCUACCUAAUUAUUAUCGCAAUAAUUACGAAUUUUAUUACAUUCACUAGAAUUACAUUCACUUCGGCAUCAAAGUGCAUACGGAUGUCUGCUAAUUAUCCGCACCUGUGCAUUUAUCACACUUCUUGAAUUGCACAUAUAGACCGUCAGCUGCGUAUGUGAACAUGCGAAUGGCAUCGUUGCCAUUCGAAACAUCCUUUCUGUUCGUUUCGUAGCAGAGAGUGUAAUUCGAGAGGAUUGUGAUUAACGUCACUUUUGCAAUUAAUAGAGAUUUGUCUGAAAAAUUUAAGACCAGUCAUGGACGUUUUGUAAAUUCACAUGUCCAAUUGAUAUGUAUGCAUAAAGAGAAAAUUACGACAUAUCUCUUUAUUACAAGGUAAAUUUUUUACAAUCGACCUAAGUUAUUAGAGCCUAAUACUAAAUGCCAAAGAUUCGCGGAACUUUUUGUUCUCUAUAUCUGUUUUUGAUGGAAUAAAGUUUUGCAGAUUAGAAGAGUAUUUAGAAUUUGUCGCCUUUUACAGAGACAUAUCUUUUUACAGAGUCGUCUUUUGCAGAGACAUGUCUUUAUCAAUUAUUAACUCGAAAUCUGAUAAUUGGCAAUGAGAGUAUAUGUAGUAGUUAAGCUUUUUUUUUCCCACAAAUACAUUUAUAUGUCACUGUACAAAAUGACUUGAUACGGCGGAUGUUUAUUUUUAUUUUCUUUUUUAUGAAAGCGGAAUUAUGUACAAAAUGGACACAAUCACGAAUGUGAUCAUAGGUCUUUUUGCUAAUCCAUUUGCUAUUAAAAAACGCAUUGUCCUCGAGCGACGAGCUUUGUAACACGAUAUUACCGAAUCAAUAAUAUUAAGAAAUCUUUUACAUCUUCUUUCUUAAAAAUUUAUGAAAUGAACGCAUAUGUGGAAAAAUAUAUUGAAGUUUGUAGCAACCUAUAACAAUUUGUACAUUGUAAUAACUGUUAUAUCAAUGGCUUAAUUUCUGUAAAUGUCGACAAAAAUAUCAGUUACAUAAAUCUUGUA